AUGCCUAACAAUGAGCCGUUUGAUCUUCGUGUGUACGCCCAUUGCCAAAGAUACAGUGAGGGAGUCGGCCACGAGGUCGAACACGAGCACGUGUUUCCAGCGCUGGACGAGACGGUACAGACCGUGAGGUUUGAACUAGAGCAUCAAGUGGACGUCGACGCGCCCUUUACGUCUCGUGGCGUCGUUGAGAUCGUAUCGAGGAAGUCGUCUUUGAAGCCCGCCGUCUCGUUCUCGGCGCUGUCGACGCUGAGCAGCGACGACACGGCAAAGCUCGAGAAGCUGCUGCGUCAAGGACGGCACUAUAUUGUGCGUGCCAAGGCCGAUCCGGACGACCCAGAGUCGCCCUAUGCGGUGACGUCUGUGCCCAUGUGCAUGCUGGCAGCUACGCAGUUGCGCGAACACUUUGCUUUCCACCUGUCAGACAGUGGCAAGCUCUUGUCGAUCGAGUAUAUCACGCCUUACUUGAAUCCGGAGACGUGUGCUGCUUACCAGACGCAGAGUUUGUCGGAUGUGAGCUUUGACCCGACCGGCACGGUCUUGACACCGCAGAACGGUCCCUCCCUUCCCAAGACGAUUGUAAUCAAGCACGAUCGCGCUCCUCAGGGCGUCAAACCGGUGCACAGCGAGGACGACAACACUGAAGUCGAACCGCAGAGUCAAUCGUUUCUUCGCAAAUACUGGUACGUCAUUCUGCCCAUUGUCGUAAUGAGUUUGUUCGGAGGCAAUGGCGGAGACGCGCCUGCUGGUGGCGCUCCUGCUCCUGUUGCGGCAGGAAGGCGUCGGUAG